AUGGGGAAAUCGGAGAACCCGCGGGUGUUUUUUGAUAUAUCAAUGAGCGGGAAUAAGGCUCAGCGUGUUGUAAUGGAGCUAUUCGCUGACGUGGUUCCGCGCACGGCGGAGAACUUCAGAGCGCUUUGCACGGGGGAGAUGGGAGAGGGCAAGUUCACGCGCAAGCCGCUCCAUUUCAAGGGCACCGUUUUCCACCGCGUCAUCCCCGGCUUCAUGGCGCAGGGCGGCGAUUUCAGCAACAAGGACGGCACGGGAGGGGAGAGCAUCUAUGGCGGCAAGUUCGCAGACGAGAGCUUCAAGCUGCCGCACGCGGCGGCGGGGACUCUGUCCAUGGCGAACGCGGGACCCAACACGAACGGCAGCCAGUUCUUCCUCACCUUCAAGGCCACUCCUCACCUUGACGGCAAGCACGUGGUGUUUGGGCGAGUGGUGGAGGGAAUGGAGGUGGUGAGGGCCAUGGAGAGCCAGCCCACGGGGGACAGGGACCGGCCUGUGUUCCCCAUCAAAAUCACCAAGUGCGGCCAGCUGCCCCCCGCUGCUGCGAGUGGCGGGAAGAGCGGGAAGAAGGCGCGCGGAGAGGAGAAGGAGAAGGGCGAGGAGAAGGAGGAAGAGGGUGGGAAGGGAGGGAAGGGCGGGAAGAGCGGGAAAGGGAAGGAGAAAGAGAAGGAGAAAGGGAAGGAGGAGAAAGGAAAGAAGCGGCGACGGGGAGAGAGUUCUGAGGAAGAGAGGCGAGGAGGAAAGGGCAAAGGAGGGAGCACGAACAAGGGGAAGGAGAAGAGCAAGUAUUCGGACGAGGAGGAGUCAGGCAGUGGUGCAUCCCAAUCGUCUAGCGAGAGUGGUAGCAGCAGCGAGGAUGAGGAGGAAACGAAGCCAGCUCGCAAGGACAAGGGGAAGGGCUACGGGACAGGGGCGUGGGUGGAGGAGGAGGAGGAGGAGGAGGAGCAGGGAGGGAAGGCGAGAGGGGAAGAUGGUACAGGCAGAGGGAGGCUGCUGAAGCGAAGCAGCGGCGCAAGAAGCAGGUCACCUUCCCGCUCUCCUCGCCAUUCCCCCACUCCCCAGCGAUACCGCUCCCCCGCCCGUUCCCGCUCUCCCCUCCGCUCCCGUUCUCCUCGGCAGUACCGCUCCCCUCCUCGCUCCCGCUCGCCUUCCCGUUCCCCGUCUCCCCCUCCUCCUCGCAAGCGGGUUACUGGGAGUGUGCAUGACAGGCUGGCUGCUGCUGCUGCUGCUUAUGGUGGCGAUGCUGCUGGUGGUGCUUAUGGCGGUGGUGGAGGGGGUGGUGGAGGUCCGUUGCGGGUGCGCAAGGGCAGAGGGUUUUCACAGCAGUUUGCGUUUGCGCGCAAGUACCGCACUCCCUCUCCCUCUCCUGAGCUGCUUCCACCUGCAAGAUUCAGAGGCAGGGGCUAUGGAGGAGGGUACGGGGAUGGCUACAGCAGAGGGAGGCUGUAUGGCGGCAGGUGA